AUUCGUGGAUUACAACAUAAUAAAUCAUUUAUGAAAGCGAAAUGCUAACUUAAAAAUAUUCAUAUGCUUUAUACAAUUGACCCAAGUUAAUAAUCAGUAUUCAUCUCAUCUAUUAUAAAAUAAAAUCACUUGCAAAUUAUUUGCUCGUUGCAAUUCAUUGUAUAAAAAAGGAAGAAUCGGUGAAGCCAUUGCAAGAGUUUUAAACCAUGGCAGAUUGGAGCAAGAAGGCCAUCCUUAGAAACGAUGCCCUUCUACAGUACAUCUUGCAAACAAGUGCCUAUCCGAAAGAACAUGAGCAAUUGAAGGAAUUAAGAGAGGCCAGUGCCCAGAAGUAUAAAGAAUUGAGCGUCAUGAAUGUGCCUGUUGAUGAAGCUCAGUUUAUAUCUAUGCUUCUAAAGCUCAUGAAUGCCAAGAAGACCCUGGAAAUUGGGGUUUUUACGGGCUAUUCUCUUCUUGCUACUGCCCUUGCAUUGCCUGAGGAUGGCAAGGUUAUAGCAAUUGAUCCUGACAAAGAAGCUUAUGAGACCGGAUCACCAUUUAUUAAGAAAGCUGGAAUGCAGCAUAAGAUCAAGUUCAUCCCAUCAGAUGCCUUUUUAGUUUUAGAUGAUCUGAUUAAAAAUGGCGAAGAAGGGACCUUCGAUUUCAUAUUUGUGGAUGCCUAUAAAAGCGAUUAUCUUAAAUUUCAUGAGUUAACGCUGAAAUUAGUGAAAAUCGGAGGAAUUAUAGCUUAUGACAACACUUUAUGGUAUGGCUCAGUUGCAGAAUCAGAAAAGGAAGUGAUGGACGACCUUAUUAAGAGGUUCAGAAAUUUUGUGAUCGAAUUCAAUAGCUUUAUUGCAGCUGAUCCUCGAGUUGAGUCGUCGCUCCUUUCAAUUGGCGAUGGCCUAACUCUCUGCAGGCGUCUUCACUAGAGAAAAACCAACCAUAACUCAGUAUUUGACUCUUCCAUGUUGGUGAAGUAGUUUGAAACAUAAUAAACUUGCAUAUUGUUGCUUCAAUCAGUUAGAAUAAUCUUUGACAUAUAUAUUAGCAUUGCUUUUGAACCUUGGACAUUGUCUUGUGAAAUUGCAUGUGCGGGCUUGUUUAGAUAGAAAAUUUGUAUUGUAAUUGUCAACAGUCAUGUAAUCUAUAAAUAGAAUACUAAAUUCUUAAAAAAAAUGAAUUAUAUUUUGUCAUUUGAGAUGGAGUCUUGAAGUUUAAAAUUAUAUUUUGCACUUUUGUUAGCAAGGUUUGUGUUGGUGCCAAACUAAUAGCCCGAGUAAAAUUUUGAAAUAAAAAAAAAAAGAAAAAAAGCAAUGAAAAAUAAGGAAAUGGUUUCUGUGUUUGUAUUCUGAUAUUUAAAGUUCGGUCAAAAAAAUAAAUAGAAAAGAAAAUAUUAAAAAAAAAAAAUGAAAAUCGAUUCAAUAGUACUUGAAAGAUGCUAUUUAUACCUGUAAGGUGACU